UGGAUGUUAGGCGCAUGUACACCUCGGACUGGGUGUUAUUCCAUCGUGGGUCAACACCGUCUCACUUAUCCACUCACUGACACCUCAGAGUCAUUUAGAGCAGCAUUCACAUCUUGCAUGGCUCCAGGUUGGAGAUGUGUGCUGUCCUAAUCCUGUUUAGCUGACGUUCUGUAGAUCCUCUCCAUCUAUUUGGUGGAAAUGCCAGCUGUGAGCCGGGGUAAAGAGGAUUCUGAAUGUCUGUCAGAAGAAGAGCUAGAGGACCAGUCCUGUAUUGCCUGGAGUGGUGUCAGCAGGAAGAUACCUGUCCUGAUCUUCCAUGCUGAAGCUGCUGUAUCCAAAGAUAGAUCGAUUCGCUCCAUCGGAGAGAGAUACAACUUAGCAUUCAAGAUUGUGCGCACUGAGAGUCGACUCGUGCGUGGCAUUCUUUUGAAUCAUGGAUUCCAUGAGGUCCACCCUAAUAAUAAUGACUUCAACCUGAUGUGGACAGGCUCUCACCUUAAGACUUAUCAGCUCUGCAGUCUGCAGGAUUUUCAGAAAGUCAAUCACUUUCCCAGGUCAAGUGAGCUGACGCGGAAAGACAGACUUUACAAAAACAUUCAGCGGAUGCAGCAGAUUCAUGGCUUUCUAAACUUUCACAUUGUGCCCCAGACCUUUGUGCUUCCUGCAGAAUACCAGGAAUUUUGCACCUCCUUCUCCAAAGACAAGGGACCAUGGAUUAUCAAACCUGUUGCAUCAUCCAGAGGCAGAGGCAUCUACCUAGUCAGCACUCCAAGUCAGAUCCCUUUGGAAGAGAAUAUCCUGGUUUCCCGAUACAUUAACAAUCCAUCACUGAUUGAUGAUUUUAAAUUUGAUGUGCGAUUGUAUGUUCUGGUGACCUCCUAUGAUCCAGUCAUCAUAUAUGUUUAUGAAGAGGGACUUACCAGAUUUGCCACUGUGAAGUAUGACCAUGCUGUGAAAAACAUCAAGAAUCAGUUCAUGCACCUUACCAACUACAGUGUGAACAAGAAGAGCAGUGACUAUGUCAGCUGUGAUGACCCUGAAGUAGAGGAUUAUGGCAACAAAUGGAGCAUGAGUGCAAUGCUGAGAUAUUUAAGACAGGAGGGAAAGGACACCACAUUGCUGAUGAAUCAGAUAGAAGAUCUGAUCAUUAAAGCUGUGCUGAGUGCAGAGAUACAGAUUGCUACCGCCUGCAAGAUGUCUGUCCCUCACCGGAGCAACUGCUUCGAAUUGUAUGGUUUUGAUGUUCUCAUUGAUUCCAACCUCAAGCCCUGGCUCCUUGAAGUGAACCUCUCGCCGUCACUGGCGUGUGAUACUCCUCUUGAUCUAAAGAUAAAGGCCAGCAUGAUCUCGGAUAUGUUUUCUCUUGUGGAUGAACACUUUCUGCCCCCAGGAUUUGUAUGUCAGGACCCUCUGCUAAAACAGAUGCGAACAGAUAAGACUGUGUUUGACCACGGUAUGAAGAGCCAGACCCAAAAAACUCAGGCUACUUCAGCUAGAUCCAAAGUGUUUCUGAAAUCACAGUCUGCCAGCAACACUGAUGCUGAGGAACAGAUAAGAAAACAUGGACGCAAAUAUGUGGACACGUUGGAUUUGACUGCAGAGGAGUUAAAAGUUCUGAGGAGGACCCAGGAGGAGCACGAGAGGCGAGGUGGAUUCGUUCGCAUAUUCCCCACGCCACACACUUGGGAACGCUACAGUGGUUAUCUGGAAUACAAGACAUCCAUGAACUCCAUGUUGGCUAAUAAACUUUUCCAUGAAAGAAAGAAAUUAAAGCCUAAUGUGCCUUUGGAGACUGAGGCCCUCAUAACCUGUCAUGUACUUCUGUAUGAGAGAAAAUUGCUCUCGUUGGAGGAAAGAAGACGCCACAGAAAGACCUGCCGUGCCACUACUGGGAGGAGAAAAACUGGAGGAAAGUCUUCACCAUGUUCACACAGCAGUAAAGAGGAGGAAGCUAGUGAGUGUGAGAAGCAAGAACUACAGAAAUCUACCAAUCCCACCAAUCCCAAAGUGGAUCUUCUCAUCAUUCUUCAGCAGGGCUGGAAUCUCAGUAAGGUGCAGGCACGCGUGGCCUUCUCCUCCUAUCUCCAUCGAGUCCAGAUGAGGCUGCUAGAAGAGAGUAGAGCAACUACUACCUCUGCCUGGGCACAGAAAGACAGUGAUCAAAUGGAGCUGGUAAUGCGCUUUCUGAAGAAAGCUGCCAGAAAUCUGCAGCGGGACGUACAGGUGGGGUUGCCCAGCCGCCAGCUUUCCUUGGCUGAUCGUCAACGCAUACUGGCCUAUCAACUGGGCGAGUUCAUCCACUGCUAUAAAAAGGAAACUGAGCAAAUGCUGAAGAGUUUGGAGAAAACUCCAGAUGAAGAUCGAUGCAUCAAUCCCAGUGUGUUUCAGGAGUUCAUUCUGGAAGCGAGUGAAAGUGGUCUAGAAGACGUCCUCACAUUCUACACACAGAAGAACAAGUCCUCCAGCGUGUUUUUGGGAACCAAAUGUUCGAGCGCAGACUCAGGAGAGCCAGCAAAACCUCACAGCAGGAAAACUCUAUUAAAUGGCAAUCAUAACCCUGAUGCUCCGGAAUCCUCAGUGACCACUGUUAGGGCCAUUGGCGCAAAAAAUGAGAUUCAAGAGUGUACAUCAAAACCUGAAUCCAGCAAAUCUAGUAAAACAGUUUACCAGAACAGCCACAGCAACACUAUACAAAGUGGAGAUCACAAAUACAUUGUAACUAAUCACACUGGACCUUUAACCACCCUAAAUACUCAGAAUAAUGACAGUAAAGUAAACAAUACACAAGAUGAAGACACUGGGAGUGAAAGACCCAAUCUUACAGUUGUUGAAAAUAAUGACACUUCAACCCAAGCUCUCAAAGUCGGAGAUGUUCAGUUCAAAACACUAAGAAGCUGCAAAUCUCAUGCCAUUGUCCGAGGUUCCCAACACACCUCAUCUUAUCCUGCUGCCUUAGACUGUGAGCAGAUCUACCUCCAGCAACGACUCCUAGCAUCAAAUCCUGAAACUCGUAAAGAUCUUCAACCGCCUCGGUACGUCCAGCCUCCUCCACAUGAGUCCCAAAAAAUCCAGCAGACCACUUCAUCAUCUGUAUCUGCCAGCACCCUGCAGCCUGCUCGAGUCAUACGGCCAUCAUCAAGUUCAAAUUUAACCGGACCAACGCUAAAGACGGAAGUGCUACACAGAUCCCAGCAUUCCCAAUCAGCACAGCCCUUUAUUAAUGGUGUUUCGGUCAGGGCAUCUAGCGGUCCCAGUGCUUCAGAAGUGUCCAGUCAGCAAUUCACAAGGGCUUCUUCUGCAGGGCAUGUAACUCAAAAGGUCAGUAAGUUCAGACCUGCUUCAGCUGGAGUGCUUAAGGAACAAGGUUCACUAGCGGCUCAGGCUCAGUCCAACCAGCAGGCCAUCGUCACUGCCCUGAAGAAACUGGUGGAGAAACAAGCAGCUCGUCAGUACAGCACCUCCAGCCACAUUAGCCUGCUAACACAACAUCUGACCAAUCUGAACUUGGCUAAUGGCGUUUUUAGCAGAGGGACACUCGGCCCGAUCCCUGUUGUUCAACCUGACACAACAAGGACUCAGCAGUCAGCCCUGAAUCCCUCUGCUACUUUGAGUCGCAGAUCUACAUUUGAGGAUGAUGUUUCCCAGGCUGCCUGUAAUCUGCCCCCAGGAGUGACCCUGCAACCGAGCUAUCAGCCCCCAUUAGGCAGCUAUCAGCUCCAGUUCGCUAUCCAGCAGCUCCAACAGCAGCAAGUGCAGUCCAAGAAGCUUUUGGACCAGAGCCGCUCACGACAUCAAGCCAUGCUGGCUGGACACACACUUAUGCCUUGUGCCGUACCUGAAAACUCUCUUCCCGUUGGCUCAGUCUGCGGUGUCCAGGUUAGCCAGCAGUCCCAGACCGUCCCAAAGCAGUCAGGAAGUCAGAGUUCAUUACACUAUGCCAAACCAUACACCCUUACUCCGGGGCCAACCAUCCUGACCCCCAAACCUCCCAGCAGUACACUCAAAGAUACUUUCCCACGCAAGUCGGCCACCCAAAGGAUUAACAAGCCAGUACCAUCUACUGAUAAUCCAUCCAGGAAUGGCACGUUCAGUCGUCAGCAUGUUGUUUACGAUACCAUAUGUGGAAAGACAGGUCAGUCUGUGUAUAGCAAAUUAUUCCAGACUCUUGGGACGAAUACCAGAUGACUGAGAGAGCUGCUUCAGUGACUCCUGCAGCUCAAGUGCAAUCCCCUAAACUAGACAAGAAUCAUACCUUCCCUUGCAGUCGGGGAACAGCUGACAUAUGCUCUUACCCCUGAGACGGUGUCUGACAUCAAACCAAACUUAUUUAUUUUCUUGGAGAGUGCAACAGGAUAGCUGCAGUGUAAGAAAUCCCUGGCUUUGACACCAGCGCAGAUCUGUUCCAUUCCCCAAGACUUUCCGGUGGCCUUCAGUUCCUCUCCGUCGUACUGCUGCAGUUGUCCUGCCCACUUCUCACAUCGCAACUGUUGCUGAAGAAAGACUGGUAAUGGACGGGCAACCACAGCUGCUGCCUGUUCUCUACCCAGCCUGUGCAGUGUAACAGCCAUUUAAAUAUGCUAUUAUUAUUAAAUAUAUAUUAGGUCUAUAA